CGGCAGGCGGGAGGGCGGAUGCCGGGCUGCGGCUGCCGCGGCUCCUCAGAUGCUUUCCAGAAAGGGGAAACACCUUGCUGAUGCCACCAGCUUCAAACCAGUCCUCUCCAUCUGCUUUCUGUCUGCCUGGGAUUCCUGGAAGCUUCUGGUUUGAAGACAGCUGUCCAUGUUCACACCGGGCGAGAGGAAGCCACGCCACAGCAAUGAGCGAGUCAUACGUGAAGAGGCUGUUCACCAUUCUGCUGGACGCUGUCACCGACAAGGACCCUCAGGUGCAGGAGCAGGUGUGUGGCGCCCUGUGCGCCCUCGGAGAGUCACAGCCUGAGGAGGCUCUCCGCGCCUGCGAGGAGCACCUGCGGCUGCACGACAAGCUGGCGCAUCCGUACCGGACGAUGAUCCUGAGGGUCAUGGAGACGGUCGUGAGCAGUCACCUCGGCGAGCUGGACAAGGGCUUGGCCAGGGCCAGCAUCCUCCUGGCCUCCAGCGAGAUGACCAAAGUGAAGGAACUGGUUUGUGACUGGCAGCAGGCCGCCAGCAACGUCCUGGUGGCUUUGGGAAAGCGUUUCAUCAGCAGCGUGAUGGAGGAGAUACUGAGCAAGUUCCAGCCUGGGGUCCUGCCGCACCAUUUUGUCGUGCAGACGCUCGCCAACCUCUCCGUUUCCAAUGUGUUCGGCGUGGUGCCCUUCCUGACGUCCAUCCUGAGCACCAUGCUGCCCAUGCUGAGUGCAGCCAAGCCCGACUCGAUGAGGGUGGUGUUCUGCUGUGCUCUGCAGCGCUUUAGCGAGAGCACCCUGGAGUACCUGGCCGACCUGGACCAGGCCCCCGACCCCACGGUCAGGAAGGAUGCCUUCGCCACUGACAUCUUCAGCGCCUACGACAUCCUCUUCCACCACUGGCUGCAGAGCCGGGAAGCCAAGCUGCGGCUCGCUGUGGUGGAGGCCCUGGGGCCCAUGAGCCACCUGCUGCCCAGCGAGAAGCUGGAGGAGCAGCUCCCCAAGCUGCUGCCUGGAGUCCUCGGCCUCUACAAGAAGCACGCCGAGACUGUCCACGUGUCCAGGAGCCUGGGCCAGAUCCUCGAGGCGGCCGCAAGCGUGGGCAGCCGCACGCUGGACGUCCAGCUUGACUCACUCCUGGCUGCCCUGCAUGCUCAGAUCUGCGUGCCCGUGGAGUCCUCGAGCCCCCUGGUGAUGAGCAACCAGAAGGAGGUGCUGCGCUGCUUCACGGUGCUGGCCUGCUGCUCGCCUGACCGCCUGCUGGCCUUUCUGCUGCCCAAGCUGGACACCAGCAACGAGAGGACCCGUGUGGGCACCCUCCAGGUCGUGAGGCACAUCAUCAACUCGGCCGCUGCGCAGAUGGAAGUCAAGCAACCCUUUAUUCUCUCCUCCAUGAAGCUUCCUCUUCUGGACACCAACAGCAAGGUGAAGCGGGCCGUGGUGCAGGUGAUCAGUGCCAUGGCCCAUCACGGCUACCUGGAGCAGCCUGGAGGCGAGGCCAUGAUCGAGUACAUCGUGCAGCAGUGCGCGCUGCCCCCUGAGGCAGAGCCUCAGAAGCUGGGCGCCAACAGCGAGGCCCUGGCGGCAGACAGCGUGCGGGCCAUCAGUGUCAGCACCCUCUACCUGGUCAGCACCACUGUGGACAGGAUGGGCGACGUCCUCUGGCCAUACCUGUUCGAGUUCCUCGUCCCCGUGCGCUUCACCGGGGCGCUGACCCCGCUCUGCAGGAGCCUCGUGCACCUGGCCCAGAAGAGGCAGGAGGCAGGGGCCCACGCCCUCCUCAUUCAGUACAACGGCAACGUGACCCUUCCAUCUCCCUACGCCAUGGCCACCAGGCUCCUGGCUGUGUCUUCCAGCCCCUACCUGGGGGACGGUCGCGGGGCGGCCUCGCUGCGCCUCCUGAGCGUCCUUCACCGGGACAUCCAUCCUAUGCUGGGUCAGCGGUGGGCGACCGCCAUCCCCCUGCUGCUGGAGCACCUGGACGGAUAUACGGAGGAAACCCUGUCGCGGAAGGAAUGGGAGGAGAAGCUGCUGAUGUUCCUUCGCGACACUCUAGCUGUUGUGUCUGACAACACGUGGAUUUGCCAGCUGAGCCUGGAGAUGUGCAAGCAGCUACCCAGCUACAACGGGACGCCCCUGGAGAAGAACUUCCUGUAUAAAUGCAUAGGAACUACCCUGGGUGCUGCUUCAAGUAAGGAGGUGGUGAGAAAGCAUCUGCAGGAGCUGCUGGAAACCGCCCGAUACCAGGAGGAGAGCGAGCGUGAGGGCCUUGCCUGUUGCUUUGGGAUCUGCGCCAGCUCCCACCUGGAUGACACCCUGGCCCAGCUGGAGGACUUCGUAAAGUCAGAUGUGUUCAGAAAAUCCGCCGGCAUUUUCAACAUUUUUAAGGAUCGGAGUGAGAACGAGGUGGAGAAAGUGAAGAGCGCGCUGAUCCUGUGUUACGGGCACGUGGCAGCGCGGGCCCCCCGCGAGCUGCUGCUGGCCAGGGUGGAGUCGGACAUCUUCCGGAACAUGUCCCAGUGCUUCAGCACCAAGGUUCUGGGGAUAAAGGUAGAGACCAAGGACCUGGGCCUGAGGCUGUGCCUCGCGCAGAGCGUUUGCAUGGCCAGCCAGGCCGUCCGCAGCAGCUCCCACGGCAGCUCCUUCCAGCUCCUGAGGAAGCCGGAGCUGGUGGCGCAGAUGAUGCCAGUGCUGUGGCCAAGGGCCAUCCCGCGGCUGCUCCCCCAGGAGUUCAUCAAGGCCGAGCCCUCGGACUCCCUGAGGACGCCCAUGCGGAAGAAGGCCAUGCUCGCCUGCACUUACCUGGCCUCCCUGGAGCCGGCGCUGGAGGGGCAGGCGCAGGCGGACCUCAUCCACAGCUGCCUGCACAGCAUUAUGGCCGUGCUGCCUGAGCCCGAGGGGGUGGACAGCCACCAGGAGCCCCUGUACCUGGACACCAUGCAGGCCCUCAAGGACUUACUGACAAGCCUCCUUCAGCGAAACAUGACCCCCCAGGGCCUGCAGGUCAUGGUGGAGGUGUGCGCACCUGAGCCCAUGGAUCAAGUCCCCGAGGGGCCACGAGCGGGUGCGGGCGCUUGGCCUAAGCGCCUGCCUGCUUCAGCACUUCCUGAAGCACCUGCACAUCAGCCACCCGCACAUCUGCCUCUCCAGGCCCUGGUGCCCUUCCACAACCUGGGCCUCCUCCUCGGCCUCUUCUCCCCACGGUGCGCGGACCUAUGGCCUGCCACCCGCCAGGAGGCUGUGAGCUGUGUCUACUCCCUGCUCUACCUCCAGCUGGGCUACGAGGGCUUCUCCCGCGAUUAUCAGGACGAUGUGGUUGAGCAGCUCCUCACCCUCAAGGACGGCCUGGGGCACCCUGACCCCGCCAUCCUCUUCCACACCUGCCACAGCGUAGCCCAGAUUAUUGGCAAGCGCCUCCCGCCAGAUCAGCUCAUCAGCCUCUUGCUAACGCUGUUUGAGGGCCUGGGAGACCCCGACCAGAACUGUUCCCGAGCCGCUGCGGUGAUCGUCAACUGCCUGCUGAAGGAGCGGGGCCACGUGCUCCUGGAGAAGGUGCCCGAGAUCGUGAGCGUGCUGUGCUCCAAGCUGCAGGAGACCCACGGGGAGCACGUUCUGCAGGCCGCACAGCACAGCGUGUACGUCCUGGCGGCCCGGCACCAUGCUGCCGUGGUGUCCAGCCUUCUGGGCAGCCCCCUGCCCUUUGACAGCCACACCUGCACCCUGUGGAGGGCGCUGGCCGUGGAGCCCGGCCUCGCCACACAGGUCCUGGGGCUGCUCCUGGAGAAGAUGAGCGGGGACGUGCCGUUCAAGGAGAGCCGGGCCUUCCUGCUGAGCAGCGCACCCGACCGCGUGGCCACCCUGCCGCCCCUUGCGGCCACCUGUGCACUGUACGAGGUUGCGUCUGCCCCGGCGUCUGGGCCGGCGGUGCUGGAGCUCUACCCCCAGCUGUUUGCGGCGCUGCUGCUGCGGGUCAGCUGCACCGUGGGUGUCCAGCUGCCCAGGAACCUGCAGGCCAAGGAGAGGAAGAGCGCCAGCUCAGGCCUGGCCUCGCGGAGCCUCGAACCCUGUAGGACAGGUGUGUGCCUGAGCUGGGAGCCCUGCCAGCCGCACCCGUGUCUCCACAGCUCCGCAGUGGAUGCGCUGCAGGCCGUGCUUCUCCGAGGCGGCAACGAUGACGUGGUGCAGCGCAUGGAACUGGAGGGGGGCUGGCAGCUGCUCAGGACCUCGGCUGGGCACGAGGAGGGGGUCACCCGGCUGGCCAGCGCCAUGGCCAAGUUCGCGGGCCCCCGGCUGCCCCUGAUGAUGAAGGCGCUCUUCGCCACACAGAGCAGCGUGUACGAGAUGCAGAGGGUCAGCUCCACAGCCUUCCUGGCCGAGCUGCUUAGUAGCAACACGGUGAACGACCUGAUGCUCCUGGAGUCCCUGCUGGACAACCUGCUGGCGCGGCAGAAGGACACGUGCGCCCGUGUGCGGAGACUGGUGCUCCGGGGCCUGGCCAAUGUUGCCUCGGGCUCCCCGGAUAAGGUACGGGCCCAUGGCCCCCAACUCCUGACGGCCAUGAUCGGUGGGCUGGACGACGGGGAUGACCCGCACAGCCUGGUGGCCCUGGAGGCCAUGGUGGGCCUCGCGAGGCUGCUGGACCUGGUGGAGGCCUGGGACCUGCGCUCGGUGCUGCUGCACGUUGCCAUCCGCAUCCGGCCCUUCUUCGACAGUGAAAAGGUGGAGUUCCGUUCUGCGUCCAUCCGCCUCUUCGGCCACCUCAACAAAGCCUGCCAGGGGGACUGCGAGGACGUCUUCCUGGAGCAGCUUGUUGGCGGGCUCGCGCCCCUGCUGCUGCACCUGCAGGACCCCCAGCCCCCAGUGGCUGCUGCCUGCAGGUUCGCCUUGCGCAUGUGCGGCCCCAACCUGGAGUGUGAGGAGCUGGCAGCCAUCUUCCAGAAGCACCUGCAGGAGGGCCGGGGCCUGCACUUCGGAGAGUUCCUCAACACCACCUGCAAGCACCUGAUGCACCACUUCCCCGACCUGCUGGGCCGCCUGCUGAGCACCAGCCUGUUCUACUUCAAGAGCAGCUGGGAGGACAUCCGCGCCGCGGCCCCCAUGCUCACAGGGUUCCUGGCACUGCACGCGGAGGCUGAGCGCCGGCCGCAGGUGGACCUGGAACAGCUCCUGGCGGCGCUCCAGCUCCUGCUCAAGGACCCGGCCCCCGCGGUGCGCGUGAAAGCUGCGGAGACUCUGGGCCGCCUGGUGAAGUUCGCCUGAGGCUCCCGUGGCAGCGCUGCCCCUACACGCAAUACCGGCCUUGCCGGCCUGAACCGAACCUCCGAGAUGGGGCCCUAAAGGAGCCCCCUGCCCGAGGGGAGCCCCCAGGCCCACACAGCAAGGGGGGGCCGGGGCCACGAGGGUGGGCACGUCGCUGUCCCCCCCCUCCCCAAUAAAGCCAUUUGCUGCUCAGCA